CUGCUGAGCCAGCUCCCCCUUUGUGCCACCAACCAUACAGCCUGGUGGCUGCCAGACUAUAAAAUGGGGGGUCGGCCCCAGUCACCCACCGCACCAGCUUGCCUGUCUUCUAGCAGAAAGUAGCAGGUCCCCAGGCCUUUGCAGGUGGGAACCAUGUCGCAGGCUGCCAAGGCCUCAGCUGAAGCUGCCGUGAACCCAGGGCCUGAAGGAAAGGGGAAGGGGGCUCCUCCUGCAGCACCUGCCCCAGGACCCGCCCUGGCCCCAGCGUCUGCGCCUGUGCCCACCACCAAAGUGGGAGACCUGCCUCCUGGGAGCUACAAGCUGGUGGUGUUCGAGCAGGAGAACUUCCAGGGACGUCGGGUGGAAUUCUCCGGGGAGUGCUUGAACCUGGGAGAGCGGGGCUUCGAUCGAGUGCGCAGCCUCAUGGUCGCCGCAGGACCCUGGGUCGCCUUUGAGCAGUCCAACUUCCGGGGGGAGAUGUUUGUCUUGGAGAAGGGUGAGUACCCGCGCUGGGACACAUGGUCAAGCAGCUACCGCAGUGACCGGCUCAUGUCCUUCCGGCCUAUCAAGAUGGAUUCCCAGGUGCACAAGAUCUACCUGUUUGAAGGUGCCAACUUCAAGGGCAACACCAUGGAGAUCCAGGAGGAGGAUGUACCCAGUCUCUGGGCCUAUGGCUUCUGUGACCGUGUGGGCAGCAUGAGGGUCUCCAGUGGAACCUGGGUCGGCUAUCAGUAUCCUGGCUACCGAGGGUACCAGUACCUCCUGGAGCCUGGCGACUUCCGGCACUGGAACGAGUGGGGGGCCUUCCAGCCGCAGAUGCAGGCCGUGCGCCGCCUGCGUGACAGGCAGUGGCACCCAGAGGGCUGCUUCCCCGUCCUGGCUGCCGAGCCCCCCAAGUGAGUCCACUCUCUGCUCUUCUUCCUCGCCCCUUCCUCAGUCUCAAUCCCGUCUUCUCCAUGCAAAUAAAAGUUUCUCAAGCCAAA